AUGAUGGACAAACUGCCUGGCUUCCUGGGGACACAAGGCCCUGGACAUGGCGGAGAACAACAUGCUGGACCUGCUGUGCAUGUGGAAGAUGCACUUGGCUUCCAAGCCACUGAAGGGUGCCCGCAUCGCCAGUGCCUGCACAUGACCGUUGAGACAGCUGUCCUCAUUGAGCCCCUUGUUGCCCUGGGUGCUGAGGUGCAGUGGUCCAGCUGCAACAUCUUCUCCUCCCAGGACCAUGCAGCAGCUGCCAUUGCCAAGGCCGGCAUUCUGGUGUAUUGCCUGGAAGGGUGA